AUGUCAGAAGAAGUCACUAAGAAAGUGGAAAAGUUAUCAGUUGAAGACCAGAAGCAUGUGAAGGGUAGCAGCAACGGCAAGGACAAAAAGGCAGGAAAGGGAAAGAAAAAUCAGGUUGUGGAUGAUAAGAGACCAGUCUUUAUUGAGCCUAUGCCUGAGUUCAUCUCAAGAAGAAUGAAGAUUUUCGAUGAACUUAAGGCCAAAUAUGAAGCUGAAAUUGCUUUAAAUGAAAAGAAGCCAAUCAAAAUUACUUUGAAAGAUGGUUCUAUCAAGGAGGGUAACUCUUGGGAGACUACACCUCUGGAUAUUGCCAAGGCCAUUGGUAAUUCGUUCUGUCAAAGACAGGUUGCGGCAAAAGUCAAUGGCAAGCUUUGGGAUUUGAGUAAACCCUUUGAAGAGGACUCACAGUUAGAGUUUUUGGACUUCACAACGAAGGAUGGUAAGGACAUUUUCUGGCAUUCUUCUGCUCAUGUUUUAGGUGAAGGAUGUGAGCGUCAUUUCGGGGCUUUGCUUUGUUUUGGUCCCCCUACUGAAGAUGGUUUCUUUUACGAUAUGUCCAUUGACGAGAGUAAAACUGUAGUUACUCAGGCUGAUUUCAAAGGCAUUGAAGAAGCCUGUAAGAGAGUCAUCAAGGAGAAGCAGCCAUUUGAGAGAAUUGUGGUUACUAAAGAAGAUUUGCUUAGACUGUUUUCCUACAAUAAGUACAAAUUGGUGUUGAUUAAGAAGAAGAUCGCAGAUGGUUCGAAGACUACAAUUUACAGAUGUGGUACAUUGAUCGAUCUUUGCAGAGGUCCUCAUUUACCAACUACUGGUAAACUUAAAGCCUUCAAAGUGGUCAAAAACUCUUCUUCUUACUUCUUGGGUGACUCCAACAAUGAAUCGCUUCAAAGAAUCUAUGGUGUUUCUUUCCCUGAUAAGGCUUUGAUGAAGGAACACCUCAAGUUCCUUGAAGAAGCUGCUAGACGUGAUCAUCGUAAAAUAGGUCGUGAACAAGAUUUGUUCUUCUUCAACGAGAUGUCUCCAGGUUCUGCCUUCUGGUUACCACAUGGUACCAGAAUCUACAACACUCUAAUGGCAUUCAUGAGGGAUCAGUAUAACAAGAGAGGUUACCAAGAAGUGAUCACUCCAAAUAUGUACAACUCCAAAUUAUGGGAGACUUCUGGCCACUGGGGUAACUAUAAGGAAAACAUGUUUACUUUUGACGUGGAAAAGGAGACGUUUGGUUUGAAACCUAUGAACUGUCCUGGUCAUUGUCUUAUGUUCAAAUACAAAGAAAGAUCCUAUCGUGAACUUCCAUGGAGAGCUGCAGACUUUGGUGUUCUUCACAGAAACGAGUUUUCCGGUGCUUUGACUGGUUUAACACGUGUCAGAAGAUUCCAGCAGGAUGACUCGCACAUUUUCUGUACCGAAGAACAAAUUGGCUCCGAGAUUAUGGGAGUAUUUGAUUUCUUGAAAUACGUGUAUGGUAUCUUUGGCUUUGAUUUCAAGAUGGAGCUUUCCACAAGACCUGAGAAGUAUGUUGGAGAGAUUGCCACCUGGGAUAAUGCAGAGAUUAUGUUGAAGAAUGCUUUAGUUGAGUGGGGAGGAGACUGGGAGAUCAAUGAAGGAGACGGUGCAUUCUACGGUCCUAAGAUCGAUAUCAUGAUUUCAGAUGCAUUGAGUAGAUGGCAUCAAUGUGCUACCAUCCAGUUGGACUUCCAAUUGCCUAACAGAUUCCAUUUGGAAUACAGAUCGAAUGAUGACAGUGGCGAAGUUAAAAGACCUGUGAUCAUUCACAGGGCUAUUUUGGGAUCUGUUGAAAGAAUGACUGCCAUCUUAACUGAACAUUACGCCGGUAAGUGGCCCUUCUGGUUGUCCCCAAGACAGAUUUUGGUGGUUCCUGUCGGUGUCAAGUACCAGGAUUAUGCGCAGAAGGUUCAAAAGAAGCUUUGGGACUCUGGUUUCUUUUCUGAGGUGGAUUUGACAGGUAACACUCUUCAGAAGAAGGUUCGUAAUGGUCAGAUGAAACAGUUCAACUUUAUUUUUAUUGUGGGUGAGCAAGAGAUGACUACUGAGUCUGUGAAUAUCAGGAAUAGAGAUAUUCAAGAUCUCCAGGGUAAGAAUGAGGCUGUCAAGUUAGAUGAGGUGAUUCCUAAGUUGGUGAAGUUGAAGGAGGAGAAGAGAUUGGAUAAUAAGUUGUGA